GGUAGAAAAACACAGAACUCUGGGGACAGCUGGUGCCUCCCUGGUUACCGACAGAAGCAGCCAGUCUGCACUAAGGCCAACGACUCCCGCAGCCGGCAGAGGGUGAAGGCAAGGCGACCCUCCCCGCUGGAAAGCAGCUGGUAACUAGCACCCACAUUCUCCAGUUGGCUCUGUAGCUGUGAGGAAUGGCUAUGGAAGAUCCCGACAAGAAGACUGAAGUGGUGCUGCUGGCCUGUGGGUCCUUCAAUCCCAUCACCAACAUGCAUCUAAGGCUCUUUGAGCUGGCUAAGGACUACUUCCAUGAAACGGGAAAAUACAAAGUCAUCAAAGGAAUAAUUUCACCAGUAGGUGAUGCGUAUAAGAAGAAAGGUCUGAUCGGCGCAAAUCACCGAGUAACUAUGGCAAAACUAGCUACCAAAAACUCCGAUUGGGUGGAAGUUGAUGAUUGGGAAAGCAGCCAGAGUGAGUGGUUGGAAACACUAAAAGUUUUAAGGUACCACCAUCAAAAGCUUUUAUCUCCCGAUGGCACUAAUAUUCUGCAGAAUGCUGUACCUUUAACUAAGCCAGGUCGGAAGAGGAAACAGGAACCGAAUAGGCAUGACCCGGUUAAAAAGAAAAAUCAGAAUCCUGAUAUAAAAAGUGUCCCACAGGUUAAACUGCUUUGUGGAAGUGACAUGCUGGAAUCUUUUGGGAUCCCCAAUCUGUGGAAGUUGGAGGACAUCACUGAAAUUGUGAAAAAUUAUGGCCUUGUAUGCAUCAGCAGGGCUGGAAACAGCGUUGAGAAAUUCAUCUAUGAAUCUGAUAUUUUGUGGAAACAUAAGAAUAACAUUCACCUUGUGGAAGAAUGGAUCACAAAUGACAUUUCCUCCACCAAGAUUAGGAGAGCACUGCGGAGGGGCCAGAGCAUUCGUUACCUAGUACCUGAUGUAGUUCAAGCAUACAUAGAAAAAAAUAAUCUCUAUACUCCAGAGAGUGAAGAAAGGAAUGCUGGGGUUGUGUUGGCUGCUUUACAGAAAAAUGCAAGUGCUUCCAAGAACUAACAGCCACUAUACAACUAACUUUUUGCUGUGAAAUAAGUUACAGUUCAGUACAGGAAGGUGUGGUUUUUGGGGGUUGGGGUUUUGUUUGGGUUUUUUUAAAGUAAAUAGUAGGCUAAUUCUGUGGCUUUAGUACAUAUUAGUUGCCUUGAGGCUUGUUGCACUCAAUAACUGAAUCUGCACAAUCGUUUUUAAUCAAUAAGGUUUUCAUUUUUAGACAUUUUUUCACAGUCCAAUGAACUAAGUACAAGAAUUCACACUUGCAUGUGACAAUUAACAAACAAACAAAAAAUGUUCUGAUUCCUUUUAACUCGGACUGCUCUGACUGCUAUUUAUAAAAUAGUAACACAAAUAUUUUUAAUAACUUACAGUGUCUUAACAGACAAAGACAUUUAAUUUCAAAAUGGUCCACUUACUGAUUGUAAAUCAAUAUAACUCAUUUUUUAAAGAAUUGCCAACAUGUGGUAUGUCUCAAAGAAAUAAUUUAGAUCUAUCCUGGAAAGGAAAAAUUUACUCCUGGCUGAAGUGAUGCAUUGCCUGCCUUUCAGAUAUGCAGCCUGUUCAUCUGCCGUCACGCAAUUUGCUCCCAGAAAUAAUUUGUGCUUUACUUUUCCACUCAUGUUGCAGAACUGUAUGUUAAGCUCAGCAUGGUUUCUCAUGGAAGGACAGACCUACUUCAGAAACUGGUUUACAGCCACUGAUUUAAUGGAUAUAAAUUAAUAGUAGUAUCAUUGCACUGAUUCUCAGACAGUUGUCCCUUUAUUUCAAAUAAUAAAUGAGCUCUUACAUUUGAGCCAAAUGUAUAUAGCCAGAGUUGUUUUCUGCAACUGGAGUUGAGAAGAAAUGGUACGAUAUUAAGACUGUACAAAAGUGAAAUGUUUUUCUUUGCUAGAAAUCUGGUUUUGAAUCUAACAGUGUACUGUCUGUAUUAGGUGAAUAUAAACUAGAGAAGCACCGUGAAUAUCAUGGUAAUAGAAUUCUACCUCCCUUUA